AAACCAUAAGACAUGACUCUAACAAAAACCCAAAGACUAGAAAUUAUAAAUAAUAUAAUAAACUCAAAAACCCUGGGUCAACGACCCAGGCAUCCUAACAGGUGGAAGGUGACGUGUGCGCUGGAAAGCAGUCUGUGUAAUUUCACUGCUAAUAAUACCGUGUAGCUGUAUUCUCUACUACACUGCAGUCAUUUGUCGGCUGUUUAAGCUAACGUACAUAUUUGCAGUUUAAUGGUUGUUGUGUUGUUUCUGAUGAAAUAGCUCAUGCAUGUUUGUUUUACCUGUUUGACCACCUGCCUAUUGUUGCCUGAUGCUAACAGACUGCUGUCAGUGCUCGAUGGAGUUCAUCUGCACAAAUAAACAUUUUUAAAAACGAGAAAAACAAAUGUCACGGUCACAUCCACACCAGUGCUCCCAGUAGAAACCUGUACAAUGGUUACAGCUGAAACUACCAUACCAGCUUUAUUUAUAAAGGACUUUAACAUAAAACCAGGGUUCACAGAGUGCUGUACAUAUACAAAGGCAUAAACAACAAAAAUUAAAUACAUGGAUAAAUAAAAUCAAACAUGUUAAAACAAACUGAUUCAGCCCCUGAAAGAGUGCCAAAGGCUUCAGCCAAUAAAUAUGUUUGAACCUCAGAAAGAGAAGAGGCCUGCCUAACAUGCACGGGCAGGUCGUUCCACACGUUGGAGCAGCUACCUCUAAAUUUAUUCCUAAUUUAAAUUUAGCUUUUGGUAGCUUGAGCAGCUGGUGACUGGACCUAAGGAGCAUUAAUGUGGGCAUUAAGAGAUUUAAAAACAAAUAAAAGAACUUUAAAAACGAUCCUAAAUUGUACAGACAGCCAGUGGAGUGAAAUUAAAAUGUGCUCAGACUGUUUGUUCCUGUUAAAAGACGUGCUGCACUAACCCCACAACAAAGUGCGUUGCAGUAACCCAGUAACAAAGGCGUGCACUACUGUCUCAGAAAGCAGCUUUGAUAAGAUUUGUUUUGGCUAAUUGCCUCAAAAGAAAAAAGCGAGAUCUUACUACAGCUCUGAGCUGGCGUUCAAGUUUAAGAUCUGUCUCCAUUUGAAAUCCCAUUAGUGGUGACUGGUUUAACAAACUGUGCCAGCGAACCAAGAUCUGUGGUGGUCGGGGUCAGAGGUCACACUGGUGAUCACCUCACUGAGUUCACCCACCACAAAAAAAUGAAGGAAUAAAGUUGUGCAUAAAAUUUGUGUUAUUAAUGAUUCAUACAGAAGCUGUUACCAUGGAGAUUUACCUGUUGGUAAUGCUGCAGAGCAGCCAGCAGGUGGAGCUCUCAGGAGGUCAGAGGUCAAAGACAUUCCUCACACACUGAGCUGCUCAGGUUACCUCUCUGUCCUCCUUCACACACACACCUGAGGCUCAACUUGUUUAAACCCACGAAGAAGAGUCUCUCACACACACACACACACAGGUGAGCCACACCUGUGCCGGUCUGACUGGUGAGACUUCACUGUAAAACUGUCAGAGUUGGAUCAGCUGACUUAAAGGAGCCUCACCUGUUCUCACCUGUGUGUGACACGGAGUCGUGCUCAGGCUGCACCGAGGCUCCAGCGGCCUGUAAAAGUUGAUCACAUCAGGAGGCCACACGUCUGUUCAUACACACCAAGUGUUCAUGUAACGUGUCGCACUGAGAACGGCGCCCUAAACACGCCCACACACAGGGUGGAUUUAACACUCUGUGUUUAUGAGUGCAGGUGGAGCCGCAGCUCGAUGACGUCACGCACACACAGCACACGCUCACAGCUCAGACAGGUAAGCAGGCACGCAGGUGACUGAGGUCCCGAUCCAGAGGAGCUGACGGACGCCAAGGUAACAACUGCUCUGUGUGUGUGAGUGUCCUGUAGUGUCCAUGAACAGAUCAGCAGAGAGUCAAAGAAACUGUGUGUUUCACUCUGACUUACACCGAGGUUUGUCGACGAGCUCGGCUUUGUCGUGUUUAAAUGCAGACGUUUUACUGUGAAACUGAAGUUCCUCUCUGCGUUACUCCUGAGGAGGAGCUCGUCCUGAAGUCAGACUCUCCCUGUUUCCUCUGAAGGCGUCACACAGCUGUGCGCUCACAGCUGGAUUUGAGCACUCUGACUGUGACAUGUCUAAUCACUGAUGCUGUCUGACCUGGCGCUACACCGGGUCAUGUGACUGGCUUGUGUCAUUAAAACAUGUUCUGAGCUGCUGAGCAGAGGGAAUCAUGGGAGUGUUUCAUGUUUGUAAUGAAAGCUUUCCUCUUCGUUCUCGGCGAGCAGCGCGAUGCUCGCCGUGUUCCCUUCACUGGAGUGCGCCGCCUGUCAAACUUGUGACGUGCCCGCUGUGAUCUCACUAGUUUCAUCUUCAGAGUGAAACGCGAGGUCGGAGGCUCCACGUUCAGGUCAAAGAUAAUUGCCUCCAUCCAAACGAGGAUUGUUAAAAACUCCUCUGAUCAGCUUCUGAAUGAAACCAAUCACAAUGAUCAGAUCACUAACGGCUCUUCCUGUCCAGCAGAUGUCUACUCCUCCCAUCCCGAAGCCUCGCCGCUGUUACUCGACGGGAAAUCGAAGCUCCACCUCCUCACUGAGAAGGUCAGAUAAUCUUUAAAUCUGCCAACAAUAAUGAAAUCUGUGCUUCAGUCUCAUUUCACUGAUUUCAUAUCUCGCUCACACGGAGAGACAGCAAAUCAGCUCAGAGUCCAGCCUGAGUUAGGAUUUAUUUUGGAGGGACAGUAAACAGGAAGUAGAGGUGGUGGUGUGUGGUACUGCAGAGUUUAGUGUGGAUGUGGUCGAGUGUGUUACUGAUUCUGUGUCGGGAUCAUAAUCGUACGGUUGCAUGAAACAGACGACACAAACAUCUUCACACGUUUGAGCUCAGCUGUUUUGUUCCCAGUUUGAUCAUCUGAACGUAGUCUGUAAUCAGAUUACAGUAGCAGCCUGUUCACAUAUAACACAUCAGUCAUGGCUGUGACCUCUGACCUCUGAGCCGCGGUGUUUCCUUUGUCCUCUUCUUUUGCUUUUUCUUCUCCUCGCUCUCUUGUGUCUUUGUAGAAGGUGGAGUUGUUGUCACAGCUGUGACAUCACUGCUUGGUCAUGUGACCACAGGACAGCCAAUCACAGCAGAAACUGAGUCCUAACAUGAAGAUGCUCACAGUGCACUGAGUCGUAGCCUCACCUUGCCAACUCUGGACGGCGUCACUGGCGUGAUCGCCACCAACAUCCCGUCACUGGCAGGAGUCGCUGCUUCCAUUGGAGACUCCGCCCCCUGGAACCCCUCCACACCCUCUGCUCCCCCCUCCUUAGACAGCAUAGCUAAUAGCAUUACCACCCACAUACCUGACUUAGCAGAAGCUGCUAGCACUGAGGCUAACCUUGCGUCAUUCAAUCCAAUGCCACCUGGUGCUAACGCAGAUACUGCUGUGCUAAGCCCCGCCCCCUCCACCACACCUGCACCUGCUCCUAGCUUGGACAGCAUUUUUAACUCACUGGCUAACAUUCCCAGCUUUGCGGGGUUUGUUAGCGGUGUGGGUAACCCUGCUGUGAGCUUCUCUCCAUCAGCCCCACCCCUCCCAAAUACUAAACCCCACCCACCCUCGCUGACGGGAAGUGGAGCUGGAGAUGCUCGUACAGGUGCAAUGACAGAUGUUGGAGCGCUGUCACAGCUGGUAACAUCAGCUUUAGACCCGACCGCUGCAGUCACGCUGCCACCUGUAGAGGGUGCUGCAGGGUUAACAGGUGAAGUUUUAUCUCCAGGUCCUCAUAGCACCAGAGCAGAAAACCCGUCGGACACCACGUUGGCCUGCUGGACGACCCAAGAGGAAGCUGAAUCUGAGUCAUCCAAUGAGGAGGAAGAAUCAGGUGUUAGCCCCGCUCCUUCUACAGCUGAAGCAGAUCCUCGUUCUGCCCCGACGACCAACAAUGACAAAAUCUCGACUAAUGCUUCCUUUCGUUUGAUACCUACUCGGCCGGCCCCGCCCCCUCCCAACACAGCAGGCCGAUCAGGAAAAUCUGUCAGACAGAAGACACCGAGGGCGGCCACCAUCCGAGUGUCAAGGAAGAAGGGCGCCAGCGGGAAACCUACUCCUCAGAGCCCUGUUGUCCGGGCAAGCUGGCUGGACGUCUGGAAAGGCUUCAGACAUAAUGUAUUAUGGGCGACGCUGGACGGACAGCUGAUGUCUCUGUGGAAGAAACGCACAGACCGGUUCAGCGAGGUGUUGUUUCAUGUCUCCAGUAUCACCAACGUGAAGAAACUGGACAAAGGCAGAUUCUCUGUUUACUUCAGGAAGAAGCAUUAUGACUUCAUGGCUCAUAGUGAAGAGGUUCAGGACGGUUGGGUCACUUCUCUUCUCGCGACUCGAGGCAAUCCAAGCCCCACCCCCCCAGAACUCCAUGGACAAAUCACCCUUAAGGACCCGCGGGGUCGUGCUUAUGCUGCCCUCUGGGGUCAUGACCUUUGGAUUUACCCUAACAAGGAGGGCUUCCAGCUGGGUGUGGCCUCGUAUACCGUCCCCCUGAAUGUGGCCUCGGUCAAAUCGACGGGGAAACACUCGUUUAGCCUCAUCACUCCAUACAAGACCUUCAACCUGUCUGUUGAUUCGUCCAAGGAUCUGUCCCUCUGGGUGGACAGGCUGUCUUCAAGUAUCCAGAGCGCUCUGUCCUGCUGUCACGUGGCGCUGCGUCUCUGGGAACACCCGUACAACAAGGUGUGCGGGGACUGUGGUGCGGCCAAUCCGGAGUGGGCCUCGGUCAAUCUGCUGCUGGUCAUAUGUCAGCACUGUGCAGGUCACCAUCGAGGCCUGGGCAGCAACCUGUCGAAGGUGCGCAGUCUAAGGAUGGACAAUAAAAUCUGGACUGAACCAUUGAUACAGCUGUUUGUUACCUAUGGUAACCAGCUGGCAAAUCAGGUGUGGGCUCCAGUGGUGCCAGCGGCAGAGCAGCUCCGCCCAGAGUCCACAGAUGAGGAGAGGUCAAAGUUCAUAAAGGAUAAAUACAGCAGGGGGCGCUACAGACGAGUGCACGCUCUGGCCUCAUUUCCCUCCAUGAUGGAGCAGAGGCUGUAUCAGGUGGUCUGCACUGACGACGUGGAGGAAACGAUGUCUCUGAUCUGCUCCGGAGCAAAGGUGUCUUCAUCAGACCCACAGACCCCCUCCCUCAUCCUGCUGGCAGAGCGAGCCAAUCAGGCUCUGCAGACCGAGCUGCUGCUCUGUGUGCGAAAGUCCCGCCUCACCAGCCGCUGGCAGGUAGAAGGAGGUGAGGAGAAGGAGGAGCUUCACGGGAAACUGGAGGAUGAUCGUUUUCUCUUCUCGCUAGAAAACGAAUCAGCAGCCUGCGACGUGCUCGACCUGCGAGAAGUCCUGUCUGUCUUCCUCAAAGACGGCAAUGAUGUAAAGCUCAGCCAUCAGUGGCCGGGGUCACGCGGCACACCUGUCAGCUGGUUUGGGACACCUCAGUGUCAGAGCAGGAGGAAGUGGAGGGAGAGCUCGGGGUGUCUCUGCUACGACUCUCAGGAAAUUCAUUCAGUUGCACAGUGUGAGGCGGAAGCUGCGUCCCUGUCCCGGGUCACCUGUCUGUUGGACAGUGUUUCCUCCGGGCCGACCCGAACUCGUUCAGAGGUAACGCCAUGA